AUGUUCAAUCUGAAAUUGGUGAGGACAAAACUGAUCGCUGAUAGAUUCUGUCUUCACAAGGAUGAUCAGAGAGAAGGAAAAACUGGGAAACAAGACAUCACCAGUUGCUUGACAGAACAGCUGCCCUUGGUUGACGAAUUGGCUGUAACGUUGAAGAUACGAGGCUUUAUGUUGCAGUCCUCAGGGAGCUGUGUGUUGAACACGUUAGAAGCUGGCAGGUCAACAGAAAUGCUCAGUGCUAGAAGCUCAUUUGUGGAUGUUGUCUACCAAGAUUCAUUUACCAUGUGGCUUCAAGCCAAGGCCCUGGCAACAACGGAUGUCACACACACUAAGUGUCCACUUGGUAGACUGAUGGACAGGUACCUGGUCGAUGACACUCACUUGGAAGAUGACGACUCUAACAUUGACAGUCUGGACAAACAAGCAGAACAACUGGCUUUUGAGGUGCUCCAUGGGGAACCCAGCUCUGACACUCCAUUGUACAGGGACUCCUCUUGCAGCCAUGCUGAGAUUGAACGCUUCCUUGGGGUGACUUCCUCAGCACUGUUGAAGAGCCUCAAUCCAGACGUUAGCUACAUCUGUCAAUCUGUAAGGCAGGAUAGUCUCUUUGAAAUGAUCAUGCAGACGCUGGUGGAGACAGAGCUGAAGGCGUUUUUCCCAGACAGAGUGAACCACUUGGGUCUGGAGACAGACAGGGCGGAGUUGCUUAUUCCUGACCAAGAUGGCAAAGAAAGGUCGUCCUCCUGUCUGGAAGAAGAUGAUGAUUCAUUGCCUUAUUUGAUGCUGUUUGGCAGUGAUGAGUCAGAACUGGACUUUCCUAAAGCGGAUAGCACUUUUGAUGACUCCACAAGAAAGGUGGAGUCCCCUAAGAAACCAAGUGUACCAGCAUCAGAAGACUUGAGGAAGUUACAGCAGGAGCUGAAGAGGGCCCAGGCAGAGAUCUCUUUCUUGAAAACUGAGAACAGUCAAUUGAAGGAUGAGGGAGUACGUCUGCGCAAGGUGGCCAUGACAGAAACCGUCUCCUCCACCCCAUCUUCAAUCCCUGCACCAACAUCGACUGCCAGUGUUCGAACCUUUCCCCCAGUGGUGUACCUUAUUGCUGCCAUUCUGCUUGGCCUCAUCAUUGGCAAAUUUAUCCUCUGA